AUGGCCCAAGUAGUACUUGGAAGUUCGAAUCGUCAACGCCUCGAACCGUACCUUCUCCUCUCAAAAUCAGCAAAAGGAGCUGCCUCCGUGAAGUUAAUCAAGGAGGCACUCGCGGCACCUGGGGUAUACGUGUUUGCAGAAUUGUUGGAAAUGCCAAACAUUGCGGAGCUCAAGGACCAUGAACAGCAUAGUUCAUAUCAUACUUUGUUGCGUUUAUUUUCUUAUGGGACGUAUAAGGAUUAUAAAGAAAAUGUUUCAAGUUUGCCAAAACUAGAGACAGCCCAACUUAACAAACUUAAGCAUUUAUCCAUUGUCUCUUUAUCAGAAGAAUCACGAAUAAUCCCAUACGAUAUACUCUUGCAAUAUCUCGACAUCUCAAAUGUACGUGAACUUGAGGAUUUGAUCAUCGAAGCGAUCUAUCAAGAUGUGAUCAAAGGUAAGUUAGAUCAGAAAAAGAAACAACUAGAGAUUGAAUAUACGAUGGGUAGAGACCUUCGACCUGGUCAGAUUGAUCAUAUGCUGCAGGUGCUGGCUGCAUGGUCUCAAACGUCAGAAGAAAUACUUAAAACCAUCGAAGCAAAAAUCCAACACGUCAAAGAAGCAGCUGCGGCUAAUAAAAUUGAAAAAGAGAAAUACGAAGCAGAACUAGAGAAAGCACGAAAAAAUGUUAAGGUAACAAAGAAUAGUGGUGGGACUCUUGAUCAUGGUGGAAUGGAUCAGAUGGAUAUUAUGGCUGGUGGAAUAGAACAGUUCCAUAGUCAUGAGUACGCAGAUGAGAAUUCAAGGGGUACUCGGGUCGGAAAAAGGGGGCCAAAACGAUUCUUACCCGUACCCGGCGGGCGCCGAUAG